CAUCAGCCUUCCCGCACCCCAGGCGACGCGUGCCGAGGGUAAAGUGAAGCUCUCCAACUCCAACCCUGUCUUCGGUCACUCAAAGCGCAUCAGGUCUCGACAAAGAACCUACAUCUUGUCCUGUUUCAGUAUUUACCCAUAAAAGCCGUUAUUAGGCCGAGAUCUUCGGAUCCUGAGCUUCCGACAAUGGCCGACGAUAGCUCAUACCUAUCCUCUUCGCAUUCGCAAUUACUUCCCACAUCCUCUCCGCCUUCAACCUCGAAGCUGUGUUCGCAAACCUACAAGAAGGCAUCUCAGCUUUUCCUAACGCGUCGAUUGCAAGAAGCUUUGACAGCUCUCGAACCAAUUGUCAACGCGCCGCCCAAAGAUGAACAGUACAUCAAUGGCGAUAAUGCUGCGUCUUCUCUUGCGCCAAUCGCGACCGCGUCGAGUAAUCUAAGGAUUAAGGUGUGGAACCUAUAUAUCACACUCCUUAGCGCCAUUGUGGAGCUUGGGCCUGAGGAGGGGAAGAGCACAUUUGGACAGAAAGAAUGGAAGGCUCUUGUCUCCAAAGUCCGAGAUGGGGACGUCUGGGAGUAUAUAGUACAGACCGGUUACAGAGGACGAGAGGGCUCAGUAGAUGCGGAAGUCGUGUAUAACUUAGCUACGUUGUUGUUGAAUCACUCUCCGUCGCAGACUCUCAACCAACAGCGACUUGAGACCUACCUGUCGUCCUACGGACAGCCAAAUCUGGACGUUGCAGCCCACAUGGAGAUGUCUCAACAUGGAUCACGACGCCGCCACGCACAUGCUGCUAGCGGAACAGAUACUCCAAAGGACUUGGAGGCUAGAGUGAGGAUACUCGAACUGUUCACCCUCCACGUUCUGCCGAGAAACGAGGAAUGGGACUAUGCUAGAGAGUUUAUCCAGUUCAGCGAAGUGUUGGAUGAAGAAAGGAAAGAGGCUUUCUUUCUGACGCUCGAAGGCCUGAAGGAAGAAAAAGAGAGAGGCAGCCUGCGCGCUGCAGAGCUGCAACGAGAAAGGGAAGCUGAACUCGAACGCCAGGCGCGAGAGGAAGAGCGAAGAAGAGCAGAGGAAGAGCGAAGAAGGGCAGAGGAAGCUGCGGCUGCCGCACGCGCCCAGCAGAACGGACACAAACGAACUGGCAGCGAGGUUGACUAUGGCAUUGAAAGCCAUCCCAAUGGGAUAUCCAAAAGCCGUGGCAACAAGUCAACGGAGAAGUCUGCAAGCAAUAAGACGACUGAUCCUUCGGGCCGGGCCACCUUCUCGCCGCCCCCUGAGUCGUCGAAGAAUGUCAAAAAGACGCCCAAAUCUCCACCCAUGGUACGACAGGCGCGCGCCUUGGCAACUGCACUUCACAAUCUUCUGCUCACUCUAGCACGAAAUGUGACCGGCAACCCGAUGGCUCUUCUACGCAUGCUUCUGUUCAUGCUGGGCAUCAUCAUGGCGGUUAGUAGACAAGAUGUCCGAGAACGUGUGCGCAGGAUCAUGAAUACGAGCUGGCAAAAGGUUCGAGGAACUGUGGGUGCGGGUGUGAAGGUCAGCUACAUCUGAUCAAGAGCUGCUGAUGCAUGUUGCUGGUCCACACCACGUCGACUCAUAGGGCUUGACGGAUGACUUAGGAUAUUUUUCUCUCACAUGCUUACGUGUAUACUUACACCUUCCACUGUAAAUAGAUAAAUAGGGAUACAGUCUGGUAGAGACGGAACUUGAUUUAGGUCGGCUUGGAUCUGAAAUUGAAAAUCAUUGU